AUGAGUUCAGCUCCUCUUCCACGAACAACAGGCUUCUACAGAGGAAGUGAGCGUUGCGGUGAGGCGCUGGUUUGCUGCUAACAUGGCCGUCGCCUCGGCGCGGCUCACGCCAGGCGAGUUUGCUUGCGUGGCUACAUGAGCUGCUGGACUGUAGACAGCUGAGGCUCAGAGGUCAGGACCCUUCAGUCACGCCGCCGCCUGGAGGUGCGGCUGUGCGAGUGGGUUGAGCGCGUGUGGAGGUGUGCGGCUGCCAUGACUGGACCCACGUGGUGACGUGUGCAGAGAGGAGCUCGUCUUCCCGUGUGAUGACCGCCGCCGUCUGGCUCAGGACGAUGGAGACGCAAGGUUGUUUGAAGGAGCAGGCUGGACUGGCCCUUCUGUGCUCGGCUCUCUCGCUGUCCCUCUGCUUCAACAUGGUGCUCUUCCUCAGAAGAUUCUCUCGCAGAGGUGAGGUGAGCUGCCCGCGGAGCCGCCCAGCGCCCAGCAGGGGUGGCGCAGAAGAGGAGCCGCAGGAGGACGGAGACUCCGUCUACGGGAACGUGGGCGCUGAGAGCGGCUCGGUGGACCUCGGCGCCGACAUCCAAGGGCAGCCGUGGAGAAGCCAGGCGGCGCAGCAGAAGCUGAGCUACGCCUCUCUGGACCACAGGGCCAUGCAGAUGCACCUGAGCGGACUUCAGAGCCAGCUGCACGCACCGGCUCCUGCACGCCACCUCCUGGACACCGGCGUGGUGUUGGACCACCCCUGGAGAGAGACGGACUCACAGAGGACCAUCUACCUGAACCGCCAGCAGCUGCUGGAGGGAGGGGCGGGGCACAGCCACGUGUGGCCCCGAUCCUCUCUGACCCCUCAGGACUCAGUCACCGGCUGAGAACUGGACCAGCCAGACGUGGAACAUGCAGAGAAAAGUAAAGGGCUCAGAGAAACCAAAGGAAAUAUUCUGACAGUGCAACAAAUAAAUGAA